CGGCUCCUCCCUCUCCCCCCCCGCGCUCGGUGGUGCGGUGGUACAGCCCGCUUCGCAAACCGGACUGGCCUGCCUCCCCCCCGCCCUGCUGUGCGCGGUGGUAGCGGCCGGGCGCGCGGGGCCCGGAGCGGCGCGGGAGGUCACCAGCCCCUCCCCGACAGCACCGUUGGGUCUGGCACCAUGUUCGGCUCAUCCCGAGGAGGGGUCCGGGGGGGCCAGGACCAGUUCAGCUGGGAGGAUGUCAAGACAGACAAACAGCGCGAAAACUACCUGGGGAACUCCCUGAUGGCACCGGUGGGCCGGUGGCAGAAGGGGAAGGACCUGACCUGGUACACCAAGGGCAAGAAGGAGACAGCCCCCCCGGUGUCCCGCGAGGAAGAGCUGGCCGCCGUCCGCCUGGCUGAGCAGGAAGCCAUGAUGGCAGCCCUGGGCUACAAGAAUGUGAAGAGACAGCCUACCGGCCUCAGCAAGGAGGACCUGGCUGAGGUGUGCAAGCGGGACGGCGCCGAGCGCGACGAGAAGGAUGUGGACCGGGUGGUGGGCUUGGGCAGCUCCAGCGGCAGCGCUGGCCGGGUGAUGCUCUCCAAGGAGGACAAGGAGGCAGCCAAGAUGGGGCUCUCUGUCUUCACAGUACGCACCAGAAAGUCUCCAGCAGCCCCGAGAUGUCUGGCUCCAAGAAGAAACAGGAGAAGGAGGAGAAGGUGGAGGAGAAAUGUCCAGAGAGUGGCAAGAAAUCCAAAAAGGAGAAAAAGAAGAAGAAAAAGAAGAAACAUAAGAAAGAGAAGAAGAAGGACAAGCAUCACAAGAGGGAUGCUGCCCCCACGUCCUCUGAUUCUUCUCCGGACCAGGAUGAGAGGCACCACCGAAGGAAAACCCAGCAGUGCCCCGAGACAUCGCGGCAUGGCUGCCGGCGUCGGCAUGACACAGAUUCCUCUGCCAGCAGCAGGGACCUGGGCAGGAGCCCCGAGCACCGUCCUGCCCGUCGGUGGAGCCGGAGCAGGGACGGCCGUGGUCGGGACCCGUCCCCGCGGCGCAAGGGGAGGAAGAGGAGCAGGAGCAGGUCCCCUUCGUCCCAUGGGGUCAGGCAACGCUGAUGCGGAGGACUGAGAGGGAACCCGGUGUUUUUCCAGGGUUUCACAUAAGCUAUCUAUUUUUUUAAGGUUAUUAAAUUAAAAAAGCUGCAGCUCUGCAGUUGCAGGGCUGAGCCUGGCACAAGGCAUUUUGUUUUGUGAUGCCAGCUGCCCCUUCCCUGCCCGCAGCUCCUGCCUCCAACCUGGGGCAGCACCGCAGCUCCCCUCGCCGUUGCUCCCUUCGCUGUUGCCCCCGACCGGGGUGUGGGGGGGGGGGCAGCAGGUGCCCAGGCGCCCUUCUCCUCGCUCCCUGGAUCCAUCUAUCCAGGUGUGAUUUAGCACGGAGGAUGCCGUGAGUGGGUGCUGGUGCUGGGAUGGUUCUGGCUGCGAUGCUGGGAAUGCUGCAGAUGCUUCGUGUUUAUGUGAAGAGAAUUUGGAUGCUAUUAUUAUUAUUUUAGUAUUUUUAAUACCUUCUUUCCAUGGCCUCAAGUAACUGCCAGUGAAGCAGCUGAAGUUUUUUUCCUUAAACCCUCCCUUAUGUUCAUUAGCUGCAAAAUAAAAGCAGGGACUCGCUCACUA